AGUGUACACUAUUUGAUACGACAAUGAUAUGCAAUAUCUAACAGGCUUAUAACGACCAAUCUAGUCGUUUGCGUACCUGGAUAAAUCACGUGAUACAAAAAUGGCCGACGCAAGAGAACCUCCCCCGAUGGAUGACGACGAAGACAUUUUCGGUGAUUCGCAGCCGAAACUGGCAACACUACCGGCAUCUAAUCCAUUUGAGGUUCCAGAUGAAGGUAAAACAGAAGAGAAAAAAUCAGAAGAGAAAACCCGUAUUCCUGUUGACAUAAAUAUUGACAGUGAUAAAGAUGAUGAGGAUAUAUUUGGAGAAAAUACAUCAGAAGUGAAGCUUGAUUCAGACAAUGAUGAUCCUGAUGAGGAAGAACAAGAAGAGGAAGAAGUCAAAAUAAAAGAUCAUCCAGCAGUUAUGAGACAUCAUGAAGACGAACCAGUGCCUGAAAUUCGACCAAUCUCUGCCGCAGAAGAGAGACCAAAACUGGAUGUGACCCAGACCAUGUCAACCGCUGGUGGUGCCCAAGCAAAAGUCACCUCUCGGACUUCAUCUAAAGGUUCCAAUGAUGACAAGAUUGAGGAGGAUCCAUACACCAUAGAUAUCACAGUGGUUGAACCACACAAAGUGGGAGAUGGCAUGGGAGCAUACGUCGUGUACAAGGUCAUAACCAAGACAACCAUACCCGCAUUCCGCAAGAACGAACUGAUUGUUGUGCGGCGGUUCAGUGAUUUCUUGGGGUUGUAUGAGAAGUUGAGAGAAAAGCACGCUCACUACGGACGAAUCGUACCCCCUGCUCCUGAGAAAAGUCUUGUUGGCAUGACGAAGGUUAAGAUGUCAAAGGAGGAGUCGGGCUCGGCAGACUUUCUUGAACGUCGUCGAGCGGCUCUAGAGAGGUAUCUGAACCGAACUGCAGCCCACCCUCAACUCCGCAUGGAUCCAGAUUUCCGGGAUUUCCUUGAGCGGGAUGGCGAGUUACCAAAGGCGACAAAUACGUCUGCUCUUAGUGGUGCCGGGGUUAAACGGCUACUGAACAAGAUUGGUGACUCAGUAGAGAAGAUUACGUUCAAAAUGGACGAAUCUGAUGAGUGGUUUGAGGAGAAGACACAACAGAUAGAAAACCUGGAGACUCAGCUACGGAAGCUGCAUACGGCCAUGGAGUCACUUGUCAACCACCGCAGAGAGCUGAGUCUAUCAACAGCAACAUUUGCCAAGUCUGCGGCCAUGUUGGGAGCCUCGGAGGAGCACACAGCCCUGUCUCGUGCACUGUCCCACCUGGCAGAGACUGAGGAGAAGAUAGAGCAGCUGCACAAAGAGCAGUCAGAACAGGACUUCUACAUCAUGGCAGAGCUCCUUAAGGACUACCUGGCCUUACUUGGGGCUGUCAAGGAGGCCCUCCAUGAGCGGGUGAAAGCCUUCAAGAACUGGAAAGAUGCAGAGGCCACCCUGACCAAGAAGAGAGAGGUCAAGGCCAAGCUAGAACUGGCCCAGAAGACGGACAAAAUAUCAGCAGCAACUCAAGAAAUCACUGAUUGGGUUCAAAGAGUAGAGAAAGGUCAGCGUGAUUUUGAUUCCAUAUCAGCUACAAUGAGAAAGGAGAUAGCGCGCUUUGACAAGGCACGCGUGACAGACUUCAAAACUAGUGUGAUACAAUACCUCCAGUCUCUCAUGGAGAAACAACAACAGAUGAUCAAACAUUGGGAGCACUUUUUACCAGAGGCAAAAGCAAUUGCAUGAGAAGCUAGACUGGUUGUCCAUAUUUGUGUGCAAGUGAUGUACAAAAAGACUGUGUCAAAGGCAUUAAGCAUAAACCAUUCCAAAUUAUCGAGUGCUAGACUGGUAAACCUGUUUUUCUGGUAUAAAUCAAGACAUAGAAAAAGCAUUCAAGCUUAGGAAAUUCAUAAAAAAAAGAAAUAGCAUCUUUCUUAUAUUAAAAUCUUGUUGUUUAUCAAAAGUUGUUUGUAUAUUAUUCAGCAAACCUCGUCAAUAUAAGUCUGUUAUUUGAGCUGCACAUGUAAUGGUGAAGUGUUAGACAUAUAUUACAUUUGUAUUUUUUAUAGCAUGAUUGUAUUCAUUACAAUGUGUUCAUUCUGACUUAAAAGAUUUUCUAUUCGUGUUGUGUUGGUUAAUAUCAAAUGCAGUUUUUUAUGCCCCCUUUUCGAAGAAAAGGUGGCAUAUAGUGAUCGGACUGUUUGUCUGUCUGUCUGUCUGUCUUUCUGUCACACUUUGCGUUUAGGUUUCGAAAAAUGCUCAUAACUUCUAUAUCCCUUGAGAUAUGACCUUCAUAUUUGGUAUGCAUGUGUAUAUGGACAAGGCCUUUACAUACGCACACAAAUUUUGACCCCUGUGACCUUGACGUUGAACUUAGGGUCCGCGUUUAGGUUUCGAAAUCUGCGUUUAGGUUUCGAAAAAUGCUCAUAACUUCUAUGUCCCUUGAGAUAUAACCUUCAUAUUUGGUAUGCAUGUGUAUAUGGACAAGGCCUUUCCAUACGCACAAAAAAUUUUACCCCUGUGACCUUUACCUUGAACUUAGGGUCCGGGUUUAGGUUUCGAAAUCUGCGUUUAGGUGUCGAAAAAUGCUCAUAACUUCUAUGUCCCUUGAGAUAUAACCUUCAUAUUUGGUAUGCAUGUGUAUAUGGACAAGGCCUUUCCAUACACACAAAAAUGUUUACCCCUGUGACCUUGACCUUGAACUUAGGGUCCGCGUUUAGGUUUUGAAAUCUGCGUUUAGGUUUUGAAAAAUGCUCAUAACUUCUAUGUCCCUUGAGAUAUAACCUUCAUAUUUGUUAUGCAUGUAUAUACGGACAAGGCCUUUCCAUACGCACACAAAUUUUGACCUCUGUGACCUUGACCUUGAACUUAGGGUCCGCGUUUAGGUUUCGAAAUCUGUGUGUAGGUUUUGAAAAAAGCUCAUAACUUCUAUCAAGCAUUUAUAGGGGGCAUAAGUCAUCCAUGGUGACAGCUCUUGUUUACAGUUUAUUUUAAAUGAAACAAAUGUGAGAUAAUUAUUUGAAAUGAUUUAUUAUGAGAAUGAUAUUUUCAAAGGGAAAUCAAUCAAAAUGCUAUGGUAGGGUUCUAAUAGGAUAAAAAGAUCAUUUAGAAAAAUAUGUUCAAAUGGUAUAGUUAUCAAUAAGCAAGAUUUUUUAGAAAUGUUUUAAUGUUGAUUUUUAUCGUGGUUAAAGCUAAACUGACAUUAAAUUUAAAAUCAUACUUAUGUAUCACAAUUUUCAAUCUUAUUCAUGUGUCUUUUUUGGUGAAAAGUGUUGUAUUUGUAAAAUUAAAAAUUAUAAUAAUAGGUAAUAUUAGUUUAUUUAAACUACAUAUGUCAUUGAGGGUUAACAUCUAAAUUUAGAUGGCCUCCAUUUUUGGUCAAAGAAAAGCGAUUUAAACACCAGAGAAGCAGUAUAAAAGGGCCACAAACUCACAAAAUGUCUACUUUUCAGUUGUACACUGGUGUGUAAACAGCAGAAAACAAAAAUGAUUAUUUUCAUAAUAUUUAAGUUUGUAUUUAAUAUUUUGCAAUGAAAUUUGGCAUACAUAUACUUUAGUAUACAAACAAUAUGUAUGUGUAAUUUGGUGGUUGAAAGUUAUAUAGUUAUUGACUUACAGAAAAAGUUUUUUGUUGUCUGCUUGAAAUUCAAAUUUCCCUGUAAAUGCUAAGCACCGCCCACUUGAAAGGUUAUGAACUUCUCUCAGCCAAUAGCUAGCGAAUGACUCAAAUCAAGUUUACAUGUAAAUACAGAUUCAACAGUAUACCAAAUGCUGUCUGCUCAAACAUGUGUUUCUAUUUAUAAACACUCUAAUGUUAGCAGCAAAUCACUGGCAGAUAAACCCAGCCUACUAGUUAAUGUUAGUUAAAAUUUUACCACCGCAAAAUCAAGCAAGUGAGAUCCGGCUUUUAAGUGAUGAAACUGGAGUGUUCACUUAGCAAAAGGAAACAAAUUGUGACCUGACAAUAGUGAUUUAAGUUUCAUACAUAGGAAAGGAGAAAUUUGUUGAAAUUACAUAUCAUACAUACUUAGCUGUCAAUUAAAGGCCAAUUAUCCUUUAAUUAAUCCGAACUAAUAUGUCCGAUAUCAGCAUCAUUUAAAAUGGAUUUUUUUAUUAAAUAAAUACAUUUUAUUUUGGAGAAGUGUGUAAGUAUUAAAACCAUUUUUUAUUAUUGUGAAAUAACAAAUGAAUGCAUCUAUGGCCUAUCCUGAACACAAUUUGUUUAAGAAAAUAACUUUGUUUGGAUUUAUUUUGUCCAUGUACUUUGUGUAAGUGUAAUUUAUGGCUACGUAUUUAAUGUGAAAUUGAAGGAUGUGUGUAUGCUAUGAGCCCCAUACUGUGAGGAUGGAUCCUAUGCCAUAUGAGGCCAGUGUAACUCCAGACCAGCUUUGGCUGUCUUGCAGUCUUAUCAGGGGCAACUCUUUCCCCUACAAAGUAACCCAAGGUUCCAUAGUCUGAUUAGUGGACAGGGGAGCUCCUGAAAAGACUGCACAGGCUGGUGUGGAGCUACGCUGGCGGCACAUGGCAUAAGAAUCAAUACUGUGUAUGAGAUUAUCUUUGAAUGGAAGUGCUGUAAUCACAUUGUUUUGCCUUAUUAUCUAGGAUGUGUGAUUGAGAAUUUAAAGGGGUACAAGUUGUGAUUCGUGUUAUUUCUUAAAAUUUGACCUAGCAUUUGUAAAAAUAUUACAAUAUAUGUACAUUUCCAGAAAGGAAAUUUAUUUCUGUGUUGAAUAAGGCCAAGUUCACGGAAAUCGCUGCACAAUUGAUGAAGUUAUGGCUGUUCUUAUAGAUGCACCCUGUUUUCGGGUGAUUUUGAGUUGAAUACCUUAUAUAUAUUUGAUAGUGAAUUUUUUUUCAGAUAAGUUGAUUUUUCGUUAUAAUUUGAUUAGUUUUCAUUCAAAAUGAUGUUUUCACUUAUUAAUAUCAUAGCCACAUGCUAACCACCUGUGCUGUGUACAUUCAAAAGUCUGCAUGGUAUAGUGGUAGCGCGUUUUUAUUUUGCUUUCUAAGGGUCCCCCCAUUGAACACCAGGGUGUGCAUAUAUUUUAUUAAAGAAUUUUCCUGUGAUUAUAAUUAUUUAAAACUAUUCCAAAUAUUGUAUAUGUGUUAAUUUGUUAAUUUCAUGACAUUUUUAAAAGUUAAGAAAAUCUGUGAACUUGUCCUUUUAAGCAAAUUUUCCUGAAGCAUUUUUUACUUCAUUGACUACAUUCAUUUUAUUUGCUUUAUUUAUUACAUUCAUGUAAGUUUACAGGCAUGUGAGUUGAGAUUUUAUUGUUUACUAAGAAUUUAGAUUACAUUAUACUUGUUAGUGUUGUUAGUUGUUUUCAGUUCAAAGGCUAUUAAAAGUUAAGUUCAUUAGAUAGUAAUUUUAAUGAAAAAACUUAAUAAAGCCAAUACGAUCGAUUCUACCACAUGAAUAUAAAAGAAUGACUGUGCUUAAAGGAUAAAAAUUAAUGUCUCUCUCUACCUCUGUUGCAAUAACUGUGCUAUGUGGCGUUAAGAGCUGCGAAUGUUGUGCUACUUGAAUAUUACGUGUGUUUUUCAAACUUAUAUGUACCUCUAUGUUUAUGUUCAAAUAUUCUAUAAAAUCUGUAACCGUUACAUUUAUGUCUACAUUUAUUACACCCUUAGAUAAUAAUCAGUAAUAUUUAAGGGAAAGAACAAAUUUGUGGAGUUGAAUUUGUUUAAUGAAAAAAGUAAUGACUUUUUCACAACUCUUGUUUACUAAUUUAGAAAAAUCUUUUUGCAUUAAACCUGUUUGGUAAAAUUGCUGUAUGAUUAUUGAAACAUGUAGGUACAUAAAAUGACAAAUAUUUUUCCCAUGAUGCAAUGUGCGCUAAAGCAGCAGGACUAAGAAAGGUGUACUUCGUUAUUGAGAGAUAUUGUGUAUUAUAAGCUUUGAACAUUAUGUAUUGAAUAUUAUUGAUCGAUAAAUAAAUAUAAAUAAAAAUACAACUUA